GGUGGGAAGCUAAGUUUUUAAACUACCCCAAUGGAUGCAGACAGUGAUGUUGCAUUGGACAUUCUAAUUACAAAUGUAGUCUGUGUUUUUAGAACAAGAUGUCAUUUGAACUUAAGGAAGAUUGCUUUGGAGGGAGCAAAUGUAAUUUAUAAGCGUGAUGUUGGAAAAGUAUUAAUGAAGCUGAGAAAGCCUAGAAUUACAGCUACAAUUUGGUCCUCAGGAAAAAUUAUUUGCACUGGAGCAACAAGUGAAGAAGAAGCUAAAUUUGGUGCCAGACGUUUAGCCCGCAGUCUUCAGAAACUAGGUUUUCAGAUAAUAUUUACAGAUUUUAAGGUUGUGAACGUUUUGGCGGUGUGUAACAUGCCAUUUGAAAUCCGUUUGCCGGAAUUAACGAAGAACAACAGACCUCAUGCCAGUUAUGAACCUAAACUUCAUCUUGCUGUGUGCUAUCGGAUAAAAUCUCUAAGAGCUGCAUUACAGAUUUUUUCAACAGGAAGUAUCACAGUAACAGGGCCCAAUGUAAAGGCUGUUGCGACUGCUGUGGAACAGAUUUACCCAUUUGUGUUUGAAAGCAGGAAAGAAAUUUUAUAAUUCAUCAUGUAAUUGGUUAGAAUUCCUAACUGAGCACCUUUUAAAACCUGCUGCACAUUGGACUCAAAACAAAAGGAAAACUGGACCAACAGUAAUUGAGGAGAUAGACUCUUUUAUUCAUUCACGGCUACAGUGUAA